AUGGAUGUCGGAUACAAUCAGGAAGGAGAGACAAGUAUUGUCUUAAAGAACGGACUUCAGGACGGGAAUGAAAGCAAAGAAUCCCAAGGAAAUCUUUCUAAAUCCUUCCUGAAGGAGCAGCAGGAGACUUUCUCGGCUUCUGGGUCCUCAGAAAACUGUGAAAAAAAUAAAGCUAACUCGGCAGACCCAGACUACUGCAGGAGAAUACUAGUUAGAGAUGCCAAAGGGUCAAUCAGAGAGAUUAUUCUGCCAAAGGGUUUGGACUUGGACCGACCCAAGCGCACCAGAACCUCCUUCACAGCGGAGCAGCUGUACAGACUCGAGAUGGAGUUCCAGCGCUGUCAGUACGUGGUGGGGAGAGAGCGCACUGAGCUGGCCAGGCAGCUCAAUCUGUCCGAAACGCAGGUAAAGGUUUGGUUUCAGAACAGGCGAACCAAGCAGAAGAAGGACCAAGGCAAGGACUCUGAGCUGAGAUCAGUGGUUUCAGAAACGGCUGCCACCUGCAGUGUUCUGAGGUUGCUGGAACAUGGUCGCUUGUUGCCUCCCCCAGGGCUGCCUGGACUUCACCCCCACUGCACCAGCACUGCCCUGGGAUCGGCGCUGAGAGGUCCCUCCAUCACCAAUAACGGCACCCACACCACUGCCUCAGGGACCGCAGGGAGCUCGCCACUGCCGGCAGUGACCACCUCUGGGGCUCCACCGGGACUGCCCAACUCCCCACCUGGCCAUGGGCUCUUCAACUUCCCCAUGCCCUCCCUCCUGGGCUCUGUGACCAGCCGGCUCACCUCAAAUCCCUUGUCCAUGGCCGGGUCCCUGGCAGGGAACUUGCAAGAACUGUCAGCCAGAUACCUGAGCUCUUCCGCCUUUGAGCCCUACUCCAGGACCAACAGUAAGGAAGCACUGGACAAAAAAGUGCUGGACUGAUCCCUUCUCCUUCUGUCUGUUUGUUGUUGUUGAUUCCUUUAAGGGAUCACCAAAAUAUUGCUUUUUCACACCACAGAGGGAUUAUUCAGACUUUUUAAUAUUUUCAGAUGAUAGAUUGUAUACCGGAUGUGUCCUCACUAAUAAAAAAAAAAAUGACUGCUGAAGAAAUGCUGAAUAAUGGUUGUCAGGCUUGUUACCUAAACAUGUGGUAUCCUUUUGUUGAAGCAAUUAAAUAAAUUACCUAUCAAUUUGUUACCGCAAAGAGCAUGCAAGCUACAGUCGUAUUGAAAAAAAAAAUCUCAAGUAUGUCUGCUUGGAAAAUAGUAAUGGUGAGGUGAAAGGUGCUGUUGUGAACGCCAUUGAAAAUAUUAAAGUCCUUGAAUAAGCCUGCAAGUAAAGGGCACUAUCGCCCUACUCCAUCGACUGACUUCCCAAAUUAGUUCUAAACCUAAGAGACCUGAUUCAGCCCUGCAAAAAUAAUUCUCAAUACCGUGCAAUUAAUUAAAACUUUUCCCCAGACAUAAAUUACACUGACACUCGAAAUAAUCACUAAUGCUAGAACAGCAGGAUACUGUUAACACAAAGCAGGUUUUACUUCUAAUGGUGAACAUAUUUGGGAUGUAAAAAAAGCAAAAUAAGUUUCUAUUAUCAAAAAGCUGGUUAAAACCUGGUCUUAUCCAGGAUUUGUGAAUGU